UUUGGAAUUUGGUUUCAUAGUUUUUUCUUACUUUUUUUUUUAAGUUGUGAAAAGAGAAACACGGAAGGCGAAAGAAUCAUCAGAAUCUGAAGCCAGAACUCCACCGUUAUCAUGAUCCUGGAAAGAAACUUAAGUUAAAUUAAGAUGGGAGGCGGAAUGAAAAAAACCCGGGACGGCAAGCCGUAAGGCGGAAUAAAUGAACUUCAUGUUUUUAUUGCUUAACUAAAAUACAUUAUUCGAUAUUUUGAUUUUGGAGAUAGACUGGGAGUUUGAACGUAAAGAAAAAACACUGCGGAAGCGAGUCGUCGUUUGUUUUGCCAAAGUCAUGUGGUGCCUGGCUAUGAAAUGGUGAUGGACCAGGACACACACUGGCUGUACCAACUGCUGGCAGACGUCCAGUUGGAGCGGUUCUAUCUCCGUGUGCGGGACGGUCUGAAUGUGACCCGGAUAGAACACUUUGCCUAUGUGAAGGAUGCUGACCUUGAGCAGAUUGGCAUCGGGAAACCUGGUCAGAGGAGACUAUGGGAUGCAAUCAAACGGCACAAAGUCACCACACGCCCAAAAUCAUGGAUGUCGAAGGUCUUCAGUGGACGUUUCCCAGAGGGAAGUGACCAAUGGAGUGGGAUGGGGACAGGACAGGGGCAAGAGACAGGGCGGUCCCCCACCUGUCUUAUCCAGGACACAGAUCUGUUACUGGGGGAGAAACUGGGCUCUGGGUCUUUUGGAGUGGUACUGAAAGGGGUGUGGCAGACCCCAACUGGACGUGUGCUGCCAGUGGCAGUGAAGUCUCUGAGAAGCAGACAGACAGACUCACUCACAGAUUUUCUCCAGGAGGUGAACACCAUGCAGUCUCUGGACCACCCCAACAUUAUCCGUCUUUACGGAGUGGUGCUCACACAACCCCUCAAGAUGGUGACAGAGCUGGCAGCGCUGGGCUCCCUGUACGACACCCUGCGCGCUCGCCAGAACGAGUACCCGCUGCUCCGCCUCUGGCUCUUCUGCACCCAGAUCACGGCAGGGAUGGAGUACCUGGAGGGGCGGCGCUUCAUUCACCGGGACCUGGCGGCGCGGAACGUGCUGCUGGCCUCCCGCGAGCUGGUCAAGAUCGGAGACUUCGGCCUGAUGCGAGGCCUGAGCCAGGACACGGACCACUAUGUCAUGAACGCACACAGGCGCAUCCCUUUUGCUUGGUGUGCCCCUGAAAGUCUGCGCGUAGGCUCCUUCUCCCACGCUUCUGAUGUGUGGAUGUUUGGGGUUACUAUGUGGGAGAUGUUCACGUACUGUAUGGAACCCUGGCUUGGGAUGUCAGGUCGACAGAUUCUCUUUCGUGUGGAGCGAGAGGGGGAGCGUUUGGAAAGACCGCUGGACUGUCCCCAGGAGCUGUACACUGUGAUGCGCCGGUGCUGGGCCUGCAGCCCGUCUGACCGGCCCUCCUUCUCCCAGCUCACCACAAUGGUGGCAGAGGCCCGGCCAAUGGAGGUUUGUGCCUUGAGGGACUUUUCUGAACCACGAAAACUGCCCUUACAGACCAAUGACAUGGUGACUGUCGUAGAUCAUGGUCUGGAGCUGUCUGAAUGGAGAGGCCAGAAUCAUAAGACUCUGUGUGUGGGCUUGUUUCCUGCCAGCAUAGCUGCCCCCUUGAUUCCCACCCCUGCCCCUGCCCCUGCCCCUGCCCCCGCCCCUGCUCCUACCCCUGGCUUUAUCUCUGUUCCCUUGAGGGACAGUCUGCAGCACAUGGGUCAUGGAGAUGUCCACCCAGACCGCUGCUGGGGGAUGCCUGGACGUCUGGAUGAGACUGCAAACUGGAGGAGUGCAGGAGUGCCCAGAGAGAAGGAGAGUUCCAACCUACAGAGAAUGGCAGGCAUUUCUCGAAGUUUGGAGUCAGUUCUUGGUGGGGCCCAGCACGGGGGUCAGGGUGGAUGGGGCAGGAUGGAGAACAGAAGACCUGGUCCCAAACCCCCAUCCCACCCGUUCCAGGACCCAAGGAGGCUUAGCGACGCAGGCUGUGGGCCACCUCCCCGCCCACCCCCGCCCAACAUCAAACGCCCAAAGCCCUUGGUGCAAAUCCGGGAGCGCAAGCCUAAUGUAAAUUCAGGCCCCGGCAUGUGGCCUCCACAGCAGCAGCAACCACCUCAGCAGCAGACUAUGGGGGUUAGCAACCUGACCAAGAUGGCCCACAUGGCCCGAUCCACCCCCCAGCUGGAUGAUUUUGGAGAGAAGGAGAAGGACAGGGAGAGAGAGAGAGACAGAGAGAGGGAGAGGGAGAGGGAGAGAUACCCACCUCAUGUGCAGAAUGAAAAGGCAGCGCUGAUAGCACAGGUUCAGGAGGCGGUACAUGGAGUGACCAUUGAGGAGGUUCGGAAUGCUCUUCGCCGUAAUGACUGGAACCCAUUGAGGGCUGAGCAGCAGCUAAAGACAGAGCAGCUGUACUUCAUGAGCAUGUGUUCCCGAGAAGACUGUAUUCGCAUCCUCUCUCGGCACCAGUGGGACCUACAGCAGGCCAGCCGCUACUUGCUCAGACUGGCACGGGAGGGAGACCGAGGAGGAGGAGGAGGAGGAGAAAGGGAGGGACUGGCUGGCACCGACAGGCACUGAGUUUGAAGGGGGCAGGAAGCGAGCAGAAACGUGGAAGAUUUCAAAUGUGUGAAGAGGGUUGAUGACGGCAAGACAGCCUGCUAAGCACUGUGGAACGAGAGGUGGACCAGCAAGAGACCUGUGAACAACAGAUACACACUGUCACACACAGGGAAAUAGCACAUGACCUGACCAGUUUAAUUCUACGUGCAUUACUAGCAGGAUGGACACCCUCUCAAUUUCUCUUAACGCUCAAAAUUCUUGUCCAGUGCCACAGCACUCACCGAUAAUUGAACUGAGAUGGGGCAGCGGUGUACCGCACAUGCCAAUGGUAGAGCUUUACACGCCGCUUUAACCUCUUCCACAGGUCCAGGAAAUGCACAUCUACACACCCUUAACUGAGCAGGUGACAUGCAAAGUUGCAAUUGCAUAUACAAAACACAGAAAAUCUCUCUUGCUAUUGAAGGCGUGUGCAGAAUGUCGUAUGAAAUGGAUAAAAUGUAGUCCUGUGACAUUGUACACACUGUCACACACUACACAUGAAUGGACAUAUGACGGAAUUGCAAAUUAAUCUUCUAAUGGAGAUACGAAAUUACAUCAUAGUGUUUGCAUUUUACAAACAUGCUGUUAUUCACAGCUCUUAAUUUGCAGACUAUGGAAGGCAAAACAUUUUCUGUUGGUCUUUUUUUUUAGAAUAAAAUGACAAAAUAAAAUCUGUUUUCAGUAAUAAUGUUCUUGAAUAAAUCAGAUGUACAUAUGGGACAUUUCUAUUUGGUGAAUAAAACACUGGUAUUAAAUCAGACUGAAUGGAUUUGAAGAGGUGUGGAUAUUGAUAGGCCGCUGUUUGAAAGUGAGACUGACAAAAACAAUGUAAUUGGGAAUGGAUCAUCACGUUGUGUAUCUGUGUGUGUUUUGGAGGAGGGUCAGGGAGCUCCAGUAGUGAGCUCAAAUUAUUUUACAUACCCUUUAUUGCUGACUCUGCGUUUCACAUUUAAGUUCAUGU